AUGACGACUCGUAGGCAUAUUGGAGGGAAAGCCUCCAAGUGCCAUGCCUCUGCCUCGCAUGAUCGUCAACACUAUCGAAUUGCACAGUCUAGGAUACUUCGCACUUCGGUUUCCAUUAAAGACUCAUCUGAAGACAGUAGUAAUAGCACUGGAAGCAGAGGAAGCAGCACCAACACCACCACUACUGACGGUGGUAGCAACAACCUCAGCGGUUUUAGUGGGGCAGACGGCGAGACAGGCACUCUAGAUGGUCGCGUUACUUCAGAAAUCUCUUUCAAAAAGCGUAGCCGUAGCCUGCUUGGGUCAAGAAGUGACAAGUUGCAGUUUACAAUAAACUCCGAAAUGUUGAAUAAGCACAGCCAAAGUUGUCACCAGCAACAUCCACAGCUACAAAUUGAUUCAUCGUCUUCCAGAUCUCAGAAGAUGAGCCGUCUUCCAGACUGUCGGGAUGGAGACAAUCAUGCUCAGCCUAACGAAAAUGGGGUACUGCGUGAUAAUCACUCCAGUGCUCAUAGACGUGAUCAUUCUAAUCUCGACUUAGUUGCUCAAUCUCAAAAUCCUAAUCAGCAGCAUAAAUAUUUUAAAAAAGAAUCAGGGAAGGAGCUAGGAGUGAACAGAGGUGAAAAGAAGUCUCUACGUACCAGUGAAAAGCGAGGCAUAUCAGACAAGAAUGAAGAUUCAUGUAGGAAUUCAGAGCAUAAAAGCCUUUUACCUGAGUACCAUUUGAAUGGAAGUGAGAUUAAGAGAAGAAAGAAUGAAGUAAAUAAUGAGGAUGACAAACAGGUGAUUGUUUUAUAA